AUGGAGUUGUCUUAUAUUUCUCUAUUGCUUUUGUGUUUCUUUUUGCUUCAAACAUCUGCCAAAAAGUCCUACAUUGUUUAUUUGGGGUCACACUCCUUUGGAUCGAAUCCUAUAUUUGAUGUCCAACUUGCAACUCAGUCCCAAUAUGAUAUAUUAGGAUCGGUCAUGGGAAGCAAAAUGACAGCCAAAGAAUCGAUGAUCUAUACUUAUAAUAGACACAUCAAUGGCUUUGCUGCCGUACUAGAUGAAAACGAAGUCAUGGCUAUUGCACAGAAUCCAAAUGUGGUAUCGGUUUUUGAAAACAAGAAAAGACAAUUGCAUACAACAAGAACAUGGGGUUUUCUUGGAUUGGAGAAUGAUGCAGGAGUCCCUUCAAACUCCAUUUGGAAAGCUGCAAGAUUUGGGGAAGAUAUAAUUAUAGGGAAUCUCGACACGGGUGUUUGGCCAGAGUCCAAGAGCUUCAGUGAUGCAGGCUAUGGCCCUGUUCCUUCAAGGUGGAUGGGAGUUUGUGAAGGUGGCUUCAACUUUACUUGCAACAAGAAGUUGAUUGGAGCAAGAUAUUUCUACAAAGGAUUUGAAGCUGCUAAUGGUCCUAUCGAUGAUUCCGUAAAAUUUGCAAGAGACCUAGAGGGCCAUGGAUCCCACACUUUGUCCACUGCCGGAGGCAACUUUGUCCCCGGAGCCAAUGUCUUUGGCAAUGGCAAUGGCACUGCCAAAGGAGGUUCCCCUAAAGCUCGUGUGGCUGCCUACAAGGUAUGCUGGCCUGCCCUCACUGGCGGUUGUUUUGAUGCCGACAUCCUAGCCGCUUUCGAAGCUGCCAUUAGUGAUGGUGUCGAUGUUCUCUCUGUCUCUCUCGGUUCGCCGGCUCAAGAUUUUGCUUCUGACCCCGUUGCUAUAGGAGCCUUCCAUGCCGUUCAAGAAGGAAUCACUGUGGUUUGCUCUGCAGGAAAUGAUGGCCCGUCUCCUUCGACAGUAACCAAUGUAGCUCCUUGGAUGUUCACGGUUGCCGCUAGUACCGUCGACAGAGAUUUCUUCAGUUAUGUGACCCUUGGAAACAAGAAGCAGUUCAAGGGUUUAAGUCUUUCAGCUGGAGGAACACCAGGUGGUAACUUCUACCCUUUGAUGGAUGGUGUGCAAGUAAAAGCCGCCAAUAUCACUGAUAACCUUGCCCAACUUUGUGAGGAGGGAUCACUUGAUCCCACAAAGGCAAAAGGGAAGAUAAUACUUUGUCUUAGAGGAGACAAUGCAAGACUGGAUAAGGGUGUCGAGGUUCUUCGUGUCGGUGGCGUCGGUAUGAUUCUUGUCAAUGACAAGCUAGAUGGAAAUGAUGUUUCAGCUGAUCGUCACUUCCUUCCUGCUUCUCAUUUGAACUAUACUGAUGGACUUGAAAUCUUUCAAUAUCUCAACUCCACCCAAUCACCUGUGGCUUCCAUUAGCCAUGUAGAGACUGAGUUGGGAAUUAAACCUUCACCUAUGAUGGGUGAUUUCUCAUCAAGAGGCCCUAAUCCCAUCAUAGACUCCAUGAUCAAGCCUGAUAUUACAGCGCCAGGUUUGAAUAUAAUCGCAGCUGUCUCCGAAUCUGCAACGGCGACAAGUUCUGCAUACGAUACGCGUCGAGUGCCUUUUAACUUUGAAAUUGGUACUUCUAUGUCUUGUCCACACAUCUCAGGUGUUGUUGGCCUUCUCAAGACCCUUUAUCCCAAAUGGAGCCCAGCAGCCAUCAGAUCUGCUAUUAUGACUACAGCCAAAACAAGAGACAACUCCAAGAAGUCAAUAUUGGACUACAACAAAAUGAAGGCAACCCCAUUUCAUUAUGGUGCGGGACAUGUCCAUCCAAACAAUGCAAUGGACCCUGGCCUUGUUUAUGACACUACCACUGAAGAUUACAUGAACUUCUUAUGUGCUCUUGGCUACAACUACACCACACUAAGGGAAUUCUAUAACAAGCCAUACGUUUGCCCCGAAUCGUUUGCAGUCAUGGAUCUCAACUACCCGUCAAUUUCGGUUCCGAAGUUGACAGCCGGUGUCCCCGUGACGAUCAAUAGAAAAGUUAAGAAUGUGGGAAGUCCAGGAACGUACGUGGCACGCGUGAAGGUGUCCUCUAUGGUCUCAGUUACGGUCGAGCCGAGUACGUUACAGUUUGAUAGUGAAGGUGAAGAGAAGGCUUUCAAGGUUGUAUUUCAAUACAAAGGAACAGGACAAGGUAAAGACCAUGUGUUUGGGACAUUGAUAUGGUCAGAUGGGAAGCAUUUUGUUAGAAGUCCUAUGGCAAUGGCAUUGGCAUGA